CCCCAGCCAAGCAUGGCAGUUGUAGAGGGGGAGUGGCGUCCUCGAGAGCGAGAGCCUGAGCGAUAGUGUGUUUGUGCUGCUCAGGAUCGUCAUAAGUUCGCUCAACCCGAGUAAUUCACUGUCUCUAUCAACCCAUAGCUCUAUGUCUGCUGCCCUUGCUUGUCUCCCUCGCAAUGCCGUUCUUUUUAGCCUAAUGCGAGCCAAAAUGGUGCUCUAUGGCGUCUAGGCGGAGGGAUUGCGUUUCUCAAGCCCCUUUCGGAUUUGGCAGGAGCAGAUGCUUCUUGUCUUGUGAGCUUGAAUGGAGAUCGAAUUAGUGUGGUAGAAUGGAGCGAGACUACUACCGGGUCGCAUGGAUUUGUGGGUUUUUAGGGCAACGGGAAUUUGUCUCAAUCGUUUCUCGGGAGCUGCGAUGACGUCGAAGGGAUCUGUCGAGUGGGAUUUGUCGGCAAGAGAUUUACUGAAAUGGGGAGUGUGUGGGAAGUUAAGAUAUGAUGUAGGUUUUCGUCAGAGGGUUUGACCAGUAGCAGUUAAUUGCGUAGUAAUGAGGGUAUGGUGUGUCAGAGGUCACACUCUUCUUUAGAGUCAGACUGGAGGCAUGGAGUCGUCGCACGAAGUUUAGGAUCAGUGACUUAGUAGCGCAGGAGUCUUUUGAAGUGUUUACUCUUGGUGUGAGAGCGAGAUCUCACUCUUCUGUCGUGUUGAUUGUUGUCUUUCCUUGAGAAAGUUUUGUGCUCGCUUGUAUUACUUCCAUUAUGGGAUUACGGCAACUUUUCUAGCGUAAUGGCGAUAUUAUCCUCUCCCUGAGCUAGUGUCAGGUUGUUGAUUCGUUGCAAUGAAAGGACAGCUUGUGCGAAAUUUAUCAAGAGGAAAAUCAGAUCAUCUGCAUCGAUCAAGUGUCAUGCUUUUCACUUCUUGAACCACUCGCACUGGUCGUUGGAUUGUCCUAUAUGACAAUUAAGAGAAUGUCCAAUUUUCAUUUCACCAACUUUCUGCUCAGACGCAUGUGAUUCGGGUUCAACGUUGAAAAAUGGAAGAAUCUACUCUUUCGAAUGAUGGCGAGAGUUCGCCCACACACGCGGAGGGAGGUGUUUCGAAACUCGAAGGAAUUUCACAAACGGGUUCCUCCAGAGUUGGUGUUUGGAAGAAACUAGAACAUCGUAGGAGCAGGAUACAAAAGUCAUCUCAUGCAGGAGGGGGCAACGGUCGUACUUUUGAUCUAGAGAAUAUAGCUUCAGGAUCCAAUGGCUCCCAUGUCACAAACACGGAUAGGGCGUGCCGGGUGACAGUGACUAUAAUUGCUGCAAAAGAUUUGAAGAGAACUACACCUGGGCCUGACGCAAGGGACCCUGUUCUCAAAGUGCGAGUAGAACAAACCUUGAAAAAAUCAAAAGACAUUAGGACUGGUGUUCAUCAGGACGGGACUCUUGAUGUGAACCAGAGUUUUACAUUUGAUGUUAGGGAGUUGAAGAGCGCUCAAAUCACACUUCAAGUUGUGGCAAGAGGGGUGCUCGGUAUUGAAGAAGCUCUUGGACACAUCAAUCCCUUGUAUGUGCUUAACUUGCUUGAGGAGCAAGAUGGCCGAAAGGAUGUGGAAGCUAAGUGGUACGAUCUCUAUUCCAAAAGCGGCAGUAGGAUCAUGCCUGGAAAGCUCUACAUGCAGAUCGUUGUUGGUAUGGCAGAGCCAGAGCAGACUAUUUCAGCAUUUGUGGGCACCUGGAAUGUGGGAAAUGCUCGCCCUCCUGCGGAUCUGUCUCCCUGGUUACCUACCGAUGCCUUUUUUGAGAUCGUUGCCGUUGGCACUCAGGAAUGUGAUUAUCCACCUCGUGCUCCAUUCACCGAAUGCAGUAAGGAUUGGACCCACACGCUGAAGUCGCACUUUGGUGAGCGCUAUAAGCUUGUUCAUGCAAUAUCACGCGGGCAGAUGCGACUUGUGGUCCUUGUUCGAGAGGAUGCCGAAAAGGCAAUUUCUGAAGUAGAUAGUGACAGUGAGGCGACAGGAGUAGGCAAUGUUAUGGCCAACAAGGGAGGUGUUUGCAUAUCGCUUAAGUUCUGGGACACAGGUUUGUGUUUCGUGAACUGCCAUUUAGCUGCUCAUGUUGGGCAGUGUGAGACACGCAACAGCAAUUUUAGACAGAUUGCAAUGUCCAUGCGGGUUGGCUUACAAAGUAUGGACUUACUCAGUCAGUUUCACCAUGUAUUCUGGCUCGGAGACCUGAAUUAUAGGUUGGACUUCGGGAAUAUAGAACCUCAAGGACUGACUCCUGAUCGGACGUUCUGGGCUACAAUCGUGAAGCAAAUUCAUGCCAACAGGUGGAAAGAUCUCCUUAAGUAUGAUGAGCUACGGAAGGAGAAAGGAGCCUCUCGUAUACUAGCGGGUUUCAAGGAAGGAGAAAUAACAUUUCCCCCUACUUUUAAAAUGCAGAGGGAUUACUUAGAUCAUUACGAUCAAAAACGGUUGCCAGCAUGGUGCGAUCGUGUCUUGUGGAAAACCUUACAAGGAUGCCAUUCAUAUCUUAUUUCGUAUUUUUCUGCACCCAACAUCCUCACCAGUGAUCACAAACCAGUAGGAGCAACAUACAAAUUGACGUCAUAUGCAUUACCGUCAUCGACGUUGAUUUCUGAUGACACUGAUGAGGAUGAUAAAAGGUGGCAUAUACGGUUCACUUCUCUGCGAGCUAAGAAAUUGCGUGCUUCUGACAUAAAUGGAUUCUCAGACCCAUUUGUCUCGUUUGUGGGCCCCAAUUUGCUACAAGAAUUUCACUCAAAAGUGAAACACCAGACUUUGAAUCCUGUUUGGAAUCCUUUUCAGGAACUGCCUACAUUAGUUUUGAGCACUUUUCCUCUGCAACGAGUGGACAAGGAGUACCUAUUGGUACGUGUUCUUGACCAUGAUUCAGAUGAAGAAGCACUAGGCUUUGGAGUCAUUCCCUUGAAUCAGGCUGUGGCCUGCUUCAAGAAGGGUGCCUUAGAGGUGGCGCAUUUCAAGGUCAACCUUUCUCAUUAUGGUGUACCAGCUGGUACGUUAGAAGGGGGGAUGAAACUUACCUGGGAGAAAAAUGCAAUCAAGAAUAAAAAUAAUUUUCCUAGUCGAGGAAUUAGUAUUAAAGAUUCUUUGAAAAAGAGAAUAUUUGUCAGAAGACAUAGCCCCAAAUAGUGGGGUGAAGGCCCACUAGUUCCAAUAUCAGUCUCGGCAGCAUCCCUCGAACGCCCUCAGCAGACUUAGGAUAUGGAGAUUUUCUUACAAUCUGCCGUUCGGAGUUAGUUAUUCUAUCACCCCUCAAGUGACCAAGGAUCAUUAACUUCGGAAGAAGCAAUCUUCCAAAGUUUUCUAGAAUAUCUUUAAUGAAUGAAGCUUGAGGCUGAAGACGACGUCUGACAUAAUCGUGUCACAUGAAAGGUCUCAAAACUUCAACUAUUUAUGCAUUUGCUGCUAAGAGUAUCAAGAUGGCUGGAUGGCCUUUUCAAAUGGAUGGAGAUGACUGCUGAAACGCCUGCAGUGCCUGACGGAGCACUGGCAGCUUGCUACUGGUUGCUGGUAAACACGAUGUUCCUGUGAGCCUGAAGACUUGACUCUUUCAAGAGCCAUUGGAUCACUGAACAUAAGUUUUGUAAAUGGUUGAGAACCGACUUUAUUUAGAUAGUAGCCAAUUCUAGUCCAAGUACUGGUGUAGCACCUGUGGAACCACAUUUCAUGCUGUAAAAGAAGGUUUUGCAAAUUCUCCUUCUUGGUUCUUCACAUAGAUAUAUUUUUUUACAGCUCUGGGCUUUCUCACUGUUUUCAUCAGAAAUCGGUGAUUGUUUGAGAGAUGUGUCUCGCAACGUUGAUGGCUAGUCAGUUAGCACCAUUUAGACAGGAUUGGGGUGGAUGUAGUUCUCUGGCCCGGUUCAAGGGACACUCCAUAAAGAACCCAUCGUCUUUUGGUACAAUCAUGCUUCAUUCACCACUCACAGUGUCAUGUGGAAUGUGUGGGCAGAUCUUUAGGGAGCAAUAAAGGGAGGGUCAUUCAAACAAGCAUAAGUUCUCUCCAGCUCAGGUGUUGCAAAAUUGACUUGACUACAGAGCAACACAGGAUCCAGGCUGUACUGCUACAGACUCUCAUGUUGAACGUUAAAUGAGAUAUCUUGGGUUUUAUCCACAUGACUGAGCUUAGACGUGAACUUCUCGACCGAGAAUUGAAGGUCAGAUUUCCCUCUUGCUGCUGUUAGCACUGAAAUCAAUAGAAUGGUGAAAAGACCUUGUUUGCAAGAGGUAAAAGAAUGGAAACUUUCCUACACUCUAAACUUAGGAUGUUAUAUAUCGAGAACCCCACUUAUAACAGGUGUAUUGAUAUUGAUUUUCACAAUUGAAUUGAAUGGCAUGUGGAAGGUACCAAUAAA